AAAGAGUUACAGUCUCACUCCCCCUUACAUUCAUCAGAACGUCACCAUGAAGGCCCUGGUGUUCCUGACUUUGCUUGGAGCAGCAAUUGUUGCAGCUGAGGAUGAGAAGGUUGUUGGUGGGUAUGAGUGUCCCAAAAACUCAGUUCCCUACCAGGUGUCUCUGAACGCUGGAUACCACUUCUGCGGUGGAUCCCUCAUCUCCAGCCAGUGGGUGCUGUCUGCUGCUCACUGCCACAUGUCUCGUAUCCAGGUCCGUCUCGGUGAGCACAACAUCGCUGUGAAUGAGGGCACUGAGCAGUGGAUCGAUGCCGCCAAAAUGAUCAAGCACCCCUAUUACAACAGCUACAACCUGGACAACGACAUCAUGCUGAUCAAACUGAGCCGCCCUGCCACCCUCAACAACUACGUCCAGACCAUUUCCCUGCCCUCCCGCUGCCCCCAGGCAGAUGAGAACUGUAUGGUGUCCGGAUGGGGCAACACGUCCGCCAGCAGCAGCAACUACCCUGACAGACUGCAGUGCCUGAGGCAGCCCAUCAUUGAUGACAGGAUCUGCAGGAACGCCUACCCCCACCUCUUCACCGAUAACAUGGUUUGCUCUGGAUUCAUGCAUGGAGGUGCCAGCAGCUGCCAGGGAGACUCUGGUGGCCCUCUGGUGUGUAGCGGUAUGCUGCAGGGAGUCGUUUCCUGGGGUUAUGAUUGCGCCAUGCAGGGACACCCCAGCGUCUACGCCCGUGUGUGCCGCUAUAACAGCUGGAUCAGCAGCACCAUGAGCAACAACUAACACCACACCCAUGAAUCUAUGUACAAGUUAACAUGAUAACACCAUUCUCAAGUGCUCAUAUUGACUUUAUUGGAACACUCUCAGUGUAACUGUGCAGUUCAGUUACAUCUCAUAUGUAGCAUACUGAGGCAAAAAGAUUUUGAUUAAAUAAUAAAAAUAUACAUGAGCAUUCA